AUGGCUUCCUCCGAUACCCCAGCUCUCAAGAACGAUCCCAAGUUCAUCUUCUUUACCGACUUUGACGGAACAGUCACCACCGCCGAUUCUAAUGACUACAUGACCGACAACCUUGGUUUCGGUGUUGAGCGCCGUCGCCAGCUUAACAAGGACGUUCUUUAUGGAAACAUGCAUUUCCGUGACAGCUUCGUUGAGAUGCUGGACAGCGUCAAGACUCCUUUUGAUGAGUGUAUCCAGAUUCUCCUCAAGAACAUUAAGCUCGACCCUGGCUUCAAGGAGUUCUAUGACUGGGCUCAGGAGAACAAUAUUCCCAUUGUCAUUCUCAGUGGCGGCAUGACCCCUGUCAUUCGAGCUCUUCUAGACACUCUUCUGGGUCCUGGUUGGGAUAUUCAGAUUGUCAGCAACGAUGUCAAGGCACGAGAGGGCAAGACUCUUAAGGAUGAGGGAGGCUGGCAAAUUGAGUUCCAUGAUGACAGUAUUCAUGGUCAUGACAAGUCUAUCGAGAUCCGAAAGUACUCUUCGCUUCCUAACCGACCUACCAUGUUCUAUGCUGGCGAUGGUGUCUCUGAUCUCUCAGCCGCUAAGGAGACCGAUCUUCUGUUUGCCAAGGCCGACAAGGACCUUGUUACCUGGUGUGAGAACGAGAACGUUCCCUUCGUCACAUUCCGUGACUGGUCUAGCAUCACUCAGACUGUCAAGGACAUUGCGGCUGGUACCGUCUCUGUCAAGGAUGCUGCCCGUGGCCGUGUCUAA